AUGUCGAUUCAGAAGCCUCCAACCCAAGUCCUGGGUGUCGAGGAACUCAGGAUCCGCAUCGUUCACACAACUUCCGGUUGGUUUGCUUCGAAGUUCUGGAACUCGAUCGUGCUGCCAGCAGCGUCGUCAGAACCGGCUGUUCUGCAUGCUGCUGUUGCGCUGAGCGCUGCGCACAGAUGCAGUUUCGAUUCGGCACAAGCUCCGGAUGAGAGGGAAAAGUUCAUGCUUCAACAAUAUGGCAAAGCAAUCCAGUCGCUACAGCCGCUGUUGCGGCGUGGAGACAAAGCCUCAGUCACAGUGAUAUUGGUCACCUGUCAGUUAUUUACGUUGCUUGAAUACCUCCGCGGGCAAUACCAAUUGGCCGAAUCACACUUACGGAACGGUCUAAAGGUCCUGAUGAACAUGGCCACGAAGAAAGACCGCUCGCACAAUGGCGUCCUCGUAAUCAAGCCGGCAUCAUAUGAAAAGAGCAUCGACCAAGGCAUCGUGCGCAGCUUCGCCACCCUACAUAUGCAAAAUAAUCUGUUCGGUUCCGGUCUGGAAGAUCUCGAUAUAUUUCUUCAACCGAUAGAAAACAACAUACCAUACCCUACUUUUACGACUAUUGAGGAGGCGAAGGACGCUCUUGAUGUGCUAUUGCACGGCAUUGUUCUCAUAGCACAACAAUAUCGAAAGAUGGGGCCAGGCACUGAAGACGAAAUUGCUGCGGUUACAGCAGCACAAGAAGAGAUCACGACCUCUCUUGCGAUGUGGCACGAUACGUAUCUGAGUACACUUCCCUCGGUCGACAGACUAGCCCUAGCUGCCGGGAGGAAACCAGAUGAAUUGUGGGCGUUCGGCGGGAAGACGCCGCCAGCAAAGCUUCCGACGGGCCGCGAACCGUCAGUCCUCAAAUUGCUACUCAUGUAUCAUGCCAUGGCGCGCAUAAUGUGCGGCUGUCUGCAAGUGCACUCUCAGCAACACUACGAAGCGUACACGCCAACGUUUCUCACGAUACUUGUGCAUGCCAUACACAUCUUCGAAGAGUACACCUUGGCUAAAUCUAUACCCGAUAACGUCAACCUCCACGAUUCGAUUGGCGAGUACGGCUUUAUUGCGCCUUUGUAUUACACGGCUAUCAAGUGUCGAUACCAUCGUAUCCGCCUCCAUGCUAUUCGGCUCCUGCGGGUGAUCCCACUGAAGGAAGGAACGUGGGAUUCUUUCACGGCAGCGAAUAUCGCGGAAACGGUUAUGGAGCUUGAAGAGCAAGAUACUCACUAUGGGGAUAACGCUGGAGAUGGCUUCUCUCUCUCAGAAAUACCCAAUUUGGAAGAUUUGUAUAGCUGGUCUUUGAUGCCGGAGCAUGACAUGUUCCACGAUGUGGAAGCAACGACAAGAGGAGACCUCACGAACGAAGUCGUCGUCACAUGCAGAAGACGGCGACUCGACGGUAGCCCGUAUGUCAUUACGUUUCACGCCAAUCCCAAACCCAGGCACAAGACCGACAAGAAGACACACUCUUAUACCUGA